ACUUUUGCUUUUUCUUUAUCAUUUAUAAUCCUGCUUUUCUUUUCUUUUCUUUGCUUUGCUUUGCUUUCUUGGAUUCUUUUUUUCUUUUUUUCCUUUUUUCCUUUUUAUCUUUUAGCUUUCUCACAAGAAAACAAUAAUUAUUUGUAUAUGUAUUCCCUUCAUCUUCAUUUAAUUUAAGCUUCAACAAAUUGUUUUUCUCUGACUUAAUGCCAUCACCAUGAACCUUCACCCUUUCCUUCUCCUCUUGCUUUCUUCCCUAUCCAUAUGUAUCAACAUUAACUUCAACACUCUGCUGGUUCUAGCAGACCUGAACUCUGACACCCAAGCCCUUCUUCACUUUGCUUCUUCCACCCCCCACUCUCCAAGACUCAACUGGAAUCGUGCUUCUCCAGUUUGCACCUCCUGGUUUGGCAUUGCUUGCAAUCUCAAUGCAACGCGUGUUAUUGCCAUCCAUCUUCCAGCUCUUGCUCUUUCUGGCACCAUUCCACCCAACACCAUAUCCAAGCUUGAUGCUCUUAGGGUACUUAGCCUUCGAUCCAACAAUCUCAAUGGCCGACUUCCUCCCGAUGUCCUUUCUCUUCCUUCCCUCCAGUACUUAUACCUCCAACAUAAUAACUUCUCUGGCGCCCUUCCCACCUCUCUUUCUCCCCAACUCUAUGUACUUGACUUGUCCUACAACUCCUUCACAGGAACCAUUCCGCCAUCAAUUCAGAACCUAACACAACUUGCUGUUCUAAACCUCCAAAACAAUUCCAUAUCAGGACCCAUCCCCUCUCCUAACCUCCCAAGCCUCAAGGUUUUGAAUUUAAGCUACAACAAGUUGACUGGCUCUAUUCCACAUUCCCUCCAAAACUUCCCUUCUUCUUCAUUUGUUGGGAAUUCCUUACUAUGUGGCUCGCCUCUCAAACGUUGCUCCACAGACGCCUCUUCACCUUUUUCUUCACCUCAUCCUUCUCCUUCUCCUUCUCCAUCUAACUUUCCGUACCCAGUGGCAUCUCGAAAUCAAAACCUUGUUUCCAACAAAAGAUUAAGUCCACAUGCUGCAAUUGCCAUAUCGGUUGGUGCCUUGGCAUUUCUGUUACUACUAGUAGCGGUGAUCAUUAUGUGUGUGGUGAAGAAGAGAGGUAGUGAAGUCCGUGGCAUGUUUAAAGCAAAGCUCUCUGGAGCUGGGAAAGGUGAGCAGCCUAAAGACUUUGGAAGUGGAGUGCAAGAAGCUGAAAAGAACAAAUUGUUCUUCUUUGAAGGUGGCUCCUACAAUUUUGAUCUAGAGGAUUUAUUGAAGGCCUCGGCUGAAGUUCUUGGCAAGGGGGGUUAUGGAACAACAUAUAAAGCUGUAUUGGAGGAGGGGACAACUGUAGUAGUUAAACGGUUGAAGGAGGUUUGUGUCGGUAAAAAGGAAUUUGAACAGCAAAUGGAGAUUGUUGGGAGAGUGGGACGACACCCGAAUGUGACCUCACUAAAUGCUUAUUACUAUUCCAAGGAUGAGAAGCUUUUAGUCUGCAACUACAUGCCAACAGGCAGCUUGUUGUCACUCUUGCAUGGAAGUGGGAGUGCAGGGAGAAACCCACUGGACUGGAAUUCCAGAAUGAGAAUUGCCCUGGGAACUGCCAGAGGAAUUGCCCACAUUCAUAAUGAGGGUGGUGUCAAAUGCAUACAUGGCAACAUCAAGUCCUCCAAUGUCCUCCUCACCCAGGACCUUGAUGGCUGCGUCUCAGAUGUUGGUUUGGCUCCCUUGAUGAACAUCCCAGUAACAAUGUCUCGUACCGUAGGAUACCGUGCUCCAGAGGUGAUCCAAACGCGCAAAAUGACUCAAAAGUCUGAUGUAUACAGCUUUGGGGUGCUGCUCCUGGAGAUGCUGACAGGGAAAGCCCCCCUCCAGCCUUCCGGGCACGAUGAUGUGGUUGAUCUCCCAAGGUGGGUGCGCUCUGUUGUCAGGGAGGAAUGGACUGCGGAGGUAUUUGAUGUAGAGUUAUUUAAAUGCCAAAAUGUAGACGAGGAGAUGGUACAGAUGCUUCAAAUUGGACUGGCAUGCGUGGUCAAAACACCAGACAUGCGUCCUAAAAUGGAUGAAGUUGUUAGAAUGAUAGAGGAAAUUCGACAGCCUGAAUCAAGGAUCCGAACAUCCUCUGAGGCAGAACCAAUUGCCCAGAGUCCUCAGACCCCAUAAAUAUUGUUCAUUGCUUCAAAUUAAUAAUACUUGUUAAGGUUGUAGUAAUCACUUCUGUGAAGCUUUGAUCAUGUGAUGCAAUUGACAUAUAUUCUUGGUAGCUGGUAAUGCAAAAUUAAAGCUCAUUCUCAUGA